CGUUAGAGAGUAGAACUACGCACUAAGCAGGGACGAGGUUUCCCGCUAAUCUGAACGUAGCCACUGUUGCAGCUCGUACUGUUACAAACUUACAACAAUCCGUUCGAAAAAUGGCGGAAAACUAGGGUUUUACUAGGUGCACAGCACUUCAAAUCUGUAGGGAAGAGUCGAAAAUUGAGAUUCUGCUUCCGUUUCAAUAGACACUCUAGAGUCUAGACGUCAAUCAUUUGACAAUGGCGAAAAACGAAGGCGUUCGAUUCGUCUCAUCUUCUAUCAAGUGCCCCCCGGCCACUGCCCACCAUCUUCCUCCCUUUUUCUCCGAUCUUCCAUUCUGCUCUCAGACGCUCUCCCUGAAUCUAAUCAGAACCAAGGAUAAAAUAAACCGUUUCAUCUCGUCGAUUAGAAACCGCAGAAAAUCUGGGCAUUUUAUAACCAAAUCUUCGCUCCUCUGUUCCUCUUCUUUAGCGUUGGUUCGACCUGAGGAGUCGAAUCAGAAUGUAUUGGAAGGUAGAGAACCUCAACAAAAAGUGUAUUCACCAAGUCGGCAUGGGAGAGAAAAUGAAGAGAGGGUUUUGAUUAGUGAGGUCCUAAUUCGGAACAAAGACGGCGAGGAGCUCGAGAGGAAGGACCUCGAGGCAGAGGCUGCAGCGGCUUUGAAGGCUUGUCGCCCGAAUUCGGCACUUACAGUGCAAGAAGUGCAAGAGGAUGUUCACCGGAUUAUUAACAGUGGGUACUUUUGCUCGUGCAUGCCUGUGGCUAUUGAUACCAGAGAUGGAAUUCGGUUGGUUUUUCAGGUAGAAUCAAACCAGGAGUUCCAUGGAUUGAUAUGUGAAGGAGCCAAUGUUCUUCCGUCAAAGUUUCUGGAAGAUGCAUUCCGUGAUGGAUAUGGAAAAGUAGUCAACAUCCGGCGUUUGGAUGAAGUGAUACGUUCCAUUAAUGGGUGGUACAUGGAGCGAGGUUUAUUUGGCAUGGUUUCAGAUGUUGAGAUUCUUUCGGGUGGGAUCGUUAAAUUACAAGUUUCAGAAGCUGAAGUCAAUAAUAUCAGCAUAGAGUUCCUCGAUAGGAGGACUGGUGAACCAACUUCUGGGAAGACAAAGCCAGAAACCAUUCUUCGGCAACUGACAACAAAGAAGGGACAGGUGUACAGUUUGCUUCAGGGGAAAAGAGAUGCUGAAACUGUGCUGACAAUGGGAAUCAUGGAAGAUGUUAGCAUUAUACCACAGCCUGCAGGAGAUACUGGAAAGGUUGAUUUGAUAAUGAAAGUUGUUGAGCGUGUUAGUGGAGGUUUCUCUGCUGGUGGUGGAAUUUCAAGUGGGAUAACAAGUGGCCCUCUAUCAGGAUUAAUUGGAAGCUUUGCAUAUUCUCAUAGGAAUGUUCUUGGAAGGAACCAGAAACUUAAUAUCUCACUAGAAAGAGGUCAAAUUGACUCAAUAUUUCGUAUAAACUAUACGGAUCCAUGGAUUGAAGGAGAUGACAAACGGACAUCUAGGUCAAUUAUGGUUCAGAACUCACGAACUCCAGGAAUGCUUGUUCAUGGGAACCAACAUGAUGGCGGUAAUGUGACAAUUGGUCGAGUUACAGCUGGCAUUGAAUUCAGUCGACCCUUCAGGCCAAAGUGGAGUGGAACAGCUGGUCUUAUUUUUCAGCAUGCUGGUGCACGUGAUGAUAGAGGAAACCCCAUUAUUAAGGAUUGCUAUAGCAGUCCACUUACCGCAAGUGGGAAUACUCAUGAUGACAUGCUUCUUGCAAAAAUUGAGAGUGUCUACACUGGAUCUGGUGAUCAUGGGUCUUCAAUGUUUGUCUUCAACAUGGAACAAGGACUACCUAUUUUGCCCGAGUGGCUGUGUUUUAACAGAGUGAAUGCCCGCGCUAGGAAAGGUGUUGAAAUUGGUCCUGCACGCCUUGUUUUGAGUUUAUCUGGUGGUCAUGUGGUGGGUAAUUUCUCCCCCCAUGAGGCAUUUGCAAUUGGUGGAACCAACAGUGUCAGAGGUUAUGAAGAAGGUGCAGUGGGCUCUGGUCGGUCAUAUGUGGUUGGCUGUGGAGAGGUUUCUUUUCCUAUGUUUGGACCAGUAGAAGGGGCAGUUUUUGCUGACUAUGGAAGUGAUCUUGGAUCAGGCCCAACAGUGUCUGGUGAUCCAGCUGGAGCGAGGUUAAAACCUGGAAGUGGCUAUGGCUAUGGGUUUGGAAUCCGUGUAGACUCUCCCUUAGGUCCUCUGCGGUUGGAAUAUGCAUUCAACGACAAGCAGGCCAAGAGAUUUCAUUUUGGAGUUGGGCACCGGAACUGAGUUAAGGGUGCCUUUUUAUCAGUUUUGAUAGUCCCUUUCUUUUUAUUAUUCUUUUUUUUUACGUUAUAAAUAUUUAUCUUUUGAUUGGUAGUUUUUGUUCUUCAUUCUUCUUUAAACCCCAAGCUCGGAAGGUCAGUCUACCAUUCUCAUAAAAUUGCAUUGCAGUUA